CGGGAGGAAUCGUUCACUUGCUUUACCUUAUUACAUAGUUGAUUCAGUUCGCCCGAGGCAGCGAUUGCCUUAGUAUAUAUUUUUUAUUCGUGUUUUUCGUAUUUGUAUUUUGUGUGAUCUGAGGGAGAAUGGCAUUGUGGGUCGCCCCUUACAACAGGCGACCGCGUUAUGAUCAUAGCAUGCAUAGAUACGGAUUUGGCCACUAUCAGCCACAGGGGCUCUCUCUCAAUCAGAUUCAGAUUGCGGCUUGUGACGAAUGCCGCCACUCGUUGCCCGGCGGACCGCCGGAGCCUGACAUGUGGGUGCGUGUGGUGGGCAUGUCCCCGGACCAGAUGUUUGGAGUCCUUAACUUCUUUGCGACUGUGGGCAACUGCCUGGAGACACGCAUUUACCCAAUGCAGCCACAGCCAACCCUCUUUAUACGCUUCCGGAUGAGGCAGGCGAUCAAUGCCCUCUACUACAGGAACUCAAAUAUAUGCGUCAGCAGCUGUGCGGUGCGUCUGUACGUGGAUAUUGUCGAUGUGGAGCAGAUGAAUGGCAUGCAUGGCAUGCAUGGGAUGCAUGGGAUGAAUGGAAUGAAUGGGAUGAACUGGUAUGAUAGGGAGUUGCGCAAGCGGCAGGUGGAACGUGGAUUGUGGAUGAAUUGGUAUGAUAGGGAGCUGCGACAGCGGCAGAUGGCUCGUGGAUCGUGGAAGAAUUGGUAUGAUAGGGAGAUGCGCAAGCGGCAGGUGGACUGUCGAUCGUGGAAGUGUCACACGAAAAGGAUGCUGCAGGCCUGCACAAAGAAGCUCAAGAAAUAUAAGGAUACAUUUUUGUCGUGGGCUUGCGGGAUGCUGAUUGGGGAAUGCCCCAUACAAUCUACCACAAAUCGCCGAUCUGUAGGAUUGCGUGGCCACUCAAGCGGCAAGCCACUCAAGCGUCUUGGCACUGCUGGCUUAUAUUAUAGCUCGCGAUAUUCUUAUUUUUAAACAGCCCCCCGCCCCGCCCAGCCCCACCCGACAGCCAUGCCAGAAUUGAGUUUAAAUUUUAGUUUUAGUUUUUUGUUUUGUUUUAUUUUGCGGCAACCUUAAGAAGAAUUUGAAACACCAAUAGACAGAUUUCAGAGGCGAGUAAGAACUAAUUUUUACAAUCAUUUACGGAUGCGUAGAGCUAACAAUUAUUAUUAUUAAAAAAAAAAACUGCC